UGCUGAAGAAGCCCAGUGCCGUGUUUAGAUGCGCUUACGCUUUACAGGCUGCUACACGGUGGACGACUUCCAGAUGUCGAUGCCCGAGUACGACACACUGGACCUGCUGCAGGUCCUGGAUGCCCUGCGACUGUGCACACAGUGUGAUAACGACGGCGAGAUAGAGUAUGAGUUCCCCUGCUACAACUUCGUGGAGACACUGGACGGCCUGUGGGACCCGCCACCGCCGCCGCCGGCUGCGCCUGAGCUCUGCUACGGAGGCCUGCGGCUGCGCAGUCCAACCGGCACCGAGUACCUGAUGGGCUCCUUCUUCCCGCGCAUACAGGUCCAGCUGCGGCACUUCGCCCAGGAGUACCCGAGCAGGGACGUGGACCUGUAUCAGUGGUCGGAGGGCUCCAAGUUCUGCACGGGUCGCUUGGAGAGCCUGCUGACGUUGUCACGAGGCGGCCACGAGCUCGAGCUCAAGGUGCGCGGGCCCUGUGACAGCCGCGUGGCCUGCUUCUACCUGAUGGAGGACCUGCUGAACGCACUGGAGCAGGUAUUCGCCGACAUGAGCCCGGGCCUGCCGAUCGAGCGCCACUACCUGUCGCCGACCAGUCUGCGGCUGCACCGCGGCGCGCCUGUGGUGCAGCCGCCCGAGCAGCUGGCAACGGCGCUGCUGCGCGACGGGCCGCACUCCUCCAACAUCAGCCGGUAG